UUUCUACUAUACAGCAGCAAUGUCCUCACCCGCUCCUAGGAGAAGAAAGUUUGCUUUCGACCUGAGGAAGCCCAUCAUGAAAGGGGUCAUCCUAAAGCAAGGUGGAUUCCACAAAGCAUUCAAGCAGAGGUUCUUUAUACUCUAUCCUGGCUUUCUCGUCUAUUAUGAAGACGGACAGAAGUGGCAGUACGACCUACAAAGAGGAGAAACUUUAGGAUCCCGACUGGGUGCUAUCAAGCUAGUAGGAGGAUCUGUAGAAAAAAGCAGAAAUCCACCAAAGGGUGCAAAAUAUGCUUUUGUAGUCCACUGCCCUGACAAAAGCAACAACAGAAGUGAAUUUACAUUCAACUGCCAGUCAAAUGAAGAAAGAUAUCAGUGGAUAUCAAAGAUACAGUCUGCAAUUCCAACAGGGAGUGAGUCACCUCAAGCCCAAGCAAAGAAAGUAAAAGCAGAGCCAGACACUCUUCCAGUAUCAAAGCUAGCAGAACCACCAACACCAAAUUCAAUGGAGAGGCAAGAAACCGUUGAUGAUGCAGCUCUUUUAGCAACAAAAAACCACACAGAAGAUGAUCAUAAAGAGACUCAUAUUGAUGAUGUAUUGGGCCCAUCAAACGUGCAGCAGCACAGUUCUGAUGAGGAGGAUCCAGAUACCAUACCACUGUCCGAUAAUCCAGCUAAUAAAGCUAAGGACAAUGACAAUGAAGACAAGACUAAAGUAGGACAGAUUGUUUCAAGUGCUUCAAUAAAAGUCAGAGAAUCGAAAGAAGAAGUAGAAGAAGAGAAGGAAAGCAACACAGUCACUUCUGAAGAAACCGUCGCUGAGCAGACGACUGAGGGUGAACCUGAUGACAUGGAAGUUAAAGAAGUCGUGAUUGAAACAGAAGCGGCUGCUAUUGAGAAAUUCCGCGCCUCGAUCAUUGACCACUCGCUCAUCGGUGAUCCUGACCAGGACUCAGCCUCUGAUGGAGAGUCAGGUCCGAGAGAUGGAGAGGGUUCUAACACCAGUUCCCCUCCCCCUGAAGAUGAGCAGAUAGUCAUAGAGGCUUCUAAUACCAACUCUCCUCCUCCUGAGGAUGAGCAGAGAGUCACCUCUCCCUCCAUAGUGGUGACAGAAGGAACAUUAAAAAGAGAAGGAACUGGAGCCUCUGGCGGUAGCAGCAGUCCAGAGAGAUCCACCACUCCUGAUAUGAGAAGACCUUCUGGUGCACUAGUUUUUACAGAGAAAAGGGGAUAUCUUUACAAAGUUGGAGGAAACGUCAAGUCGUGGAAUUUGAGAUAUUUCAUCCUACAGCCUGGGAUUUUUCGUUAUUUCAAAAAUGAUCCUCAAGGAAAGCCUUUAGGAGAAGUGAAAUUGAAAAAUGUCAAAAUCACAUUUCCAAAGAAAGGAGAAAAGAAGUUCUCUGCUUUCCAGUUUAAUGUCCAUACAGAGAGUACAUGGAAUAAAAGAAGAGAUUGGGGCAUGGCAGCAUCCACAGAAAAAGAAAUGAAAGAAUGGAUGGAAGCUUUUGAGUUGGCAAGUGGUGCCGUUAUAACUAGUCCUGAUAGUAAUGGCUCAGAAUGAAAAAUCUCAUCAUGUCUGUGUCAUCUUCUCUCAACCUCUCUCUUCCUCCGAAUGAUAUCAUGACAAUACUCUAUAUAAUGCACACUUUUACACAUGACUAUAAUUAUACAUGCGCUGACAAUAAUAAUAAAUAACAAUUAUUAAUGAUGAUGAUGUAAUAAUGAUAAUAAUUAUAUGAUAAAACGUUUGUUAAGUGAAA